GCAAAUACAGCUAGUCUUGCCAUAGAAACCGUCCACAUUUUAGUUUUUCCUAACUGGUUGAGUGCUUUCGAAGAUCGCUAUGGAAGUUUUGGAAGAGAUUUUUAGUGCAUUAAAGAUCACUUUACACGAAAAAGCAGACACACGAACAAGCGAAUGGCCUCUCGUUUACAGUCCAUGGUGGCCUAUCGGGAUUGGAAUUGUUUACAAUUUAUUUUGUUGGAAUGCGAGAAAAAUUACUUCAAAUCUUCCAGCAUAUGGAAUGAGAAAAAUUAUAGUUUUUUAUAAUUUUGUGAUGGUGCUCCUUUCAUUAUAUAUGACUUAUGAGAGUUCCGUAGCUGUUUACGCAUCUGGAAAAGAUUUGACAUGUUAUCCGGUUGAUUACUCCAACCACCCCUUAGCUAUCCGGAUGGCAAAAGUAGUAUGGUGGUAUUACUUUUCAAAAUACAUUGAAUUGCUGGAAACCUUAUUUUUUGCUUUGAGAAAAAAAUUUAACCAAAUAUCGAUUCUCCAUAUAUACCAUCAUACAUCAAUGCUGUGUAUUGCUUGGAUUGGAAUCAAAUACGUUCCUGGCGGCCAAUCAUUACUUUUCGUGGCGAUUAAUUCAUUUGUUCACGCCAUAAUGUACACUUACUACGGAUUGAGUGCAGUUGGACCUCACAUGCAAAAAUAUCUCUGGUGGAAGAAAUACAUCACAGUGAUACAAAUUAGUCAGUUUGUUACGUUGGCGCUGUAUGGAGCAAAUAAUAUACGGAUGAAAUGUGAAUUCCCAUCAUGGCUCCUCAAAGUAACGUUUACGUAUGCCAUAACGCUUACAGUUUUAUUUGUCAACUUCUAUGUUAAAACGUAUUGGAAGAAUAAAAAACUUUUCGUCGAGGACGCCACGAAUAUAUCCCCAGGAAAAUGUGAAGCAAAGAAAAAUGGGAGCUUUUCUUGCGUUGCAAAUAUUGCAACUUCACCUCUCAGAAAAUGCACGAAAAAAGAGAUAAGAACAUCGGUUCGAAAGCAUAAUAAAAAUGAUAAAUCGGAAUAAGCUAGCCCAUUUGUUCAUUCCUGAUAAAAGUAUGUAGGGAGUGAAAAGGCGUGAAAUAUUUUGAUAUUUUGUCUGACAAUAUCACACAGAUCUGCCAAAUUUCACUAUUUUAUUCUUAAUAUUUUGUUGAAAAAUCUUUACAAAGAAAAAAUUUUUUUUUAAAUCGUUCUGAAAGUACAAUUAUAUAGAUUUCAUAUAUCUUAUUAUAAAUGUAUGAACUUAAUUAUAGCAGUUCUGUUAGUUACAUUUUCCUAUGAUAUUUUUUCUAUUCACUGUCAAAUAUAGACGAAACUUUGUAAAACUCAGCAUAUAGUAGGCCAAACAUUCACUUAUGGAGGUCGGGUCUUUCAAAAGGAUGGACAACCUCUCUUUUUAGGUUUUCCAAUUUAAUCUCAACUAUUUUCCACUAGGAAUGUUGUAUAUAUCAGACAAUUCAAUAAAUUUUGUUGAUAUAUCUUCAGUCACCAUAAACCUUAGAAUAGAUUGUUGUAUUGAAAUCUUCAAUUUGAUUGAAUGGUUGUUACGUGAACCACCGCGCGGCGGUGACUAUUUGAAUGCCUCUCUGUAAACGAUUGGCAAAUAUCUUUUCAAUUUUUGAUUAUUUUACCAUCUGGGACUGCGUCUUCUGUCGGGAAUAGCUAAUGAUAGAGUUUAGACUAAAUACAGAUUGUCAUCACAUUUGCUACGCCGUGUCUAUGCGAAACGAGAUUUUGGCCAUAGAUAUAGUUCACGAAUAAUUCUCUUAAAGGGAAUGCGACUUGACCUUCGAUUUGUUUUUCACAAUUUAGAUGAAAAAUAACCAAGCUAACAGUCCACAUCAAAUUGUAUAUUUAUUCGUUUUUCCACUGAAUUGAACAGUAAUCGUCUUUAUUAUGUUGUUUUCAAUUAUAUUUCCACUAGUGCGCCACAUGCUUACAUAAGCAAUGCAAAAGGAUUGAGAACCACUGAGGGUCACAUUUCGAAAACGAUUAUAAAGAAUUUUGAUUUGAGAUUAAAUAUACCAAGUAUCUAUAUAUAUAUAAUAACUUUUGAUGACGUCAUUGCCAAUGACGUAAUUUACAUAAAUUAUAAAAUUGGUUAUCCGCUAUAAAACAGAUAAUCAAAUUUUAUACGUGCCCUUAAUGUUUAAAAAUCCAAUUUUAUGUCGAAACCAAUUAAGACUCAUUGUUUUAUCUUAUGAUGCAUUUUAUAUCGAAAUACACAGGACGUAAGAUAAUUAUAUUCCUCAGAAUUUGUCAAUAAUCGGUACGUCGCACGUUUUUUUUGUCUAUUUCUGAACACGAAACCUGUAAUAAACCACAAAGGUUUGACUGUUGAUUUGUUAAAAGGCAAUGAAAAAUUUGAGCUUUUACAAACAAAAAACGCACCCGAAACAAAAACCAUUUAUAAAUCCCUAAACCGGAGCAAAUUGAUUUGUAUUUUUUUUGCGAAAAAUGUGGCGCUACUGCCUAAUGAAGGUUACGGUGAACCACUGCGUGGCGGUGUAUAUUUGUAGGCCGUGGGUCACCAAUCUUUUCGAAGCCGAGGGCUACUUUCUGGGUACCGAUUAAGCCGAGGGCUAUCAGUUCAAUGCACACUUUUAAAAAAAGUCAACUUGCUCGAUUAAGCUUCAAUUAUUGAUAAUUACUGAUAUUUAGUCAGGUAGAUCCACUGAUAAACCUUUUGAUUCUUCAGGAAAUCACACGGUUAUCACAACGUAGCAAAUAAAUUACUAGCUAUGAGACUUCCAUUUUCAAAAUGAGUGUUUUUCAAAUUGAUAAUAAAGUGAUCACUACAUUAGUAUCCUCGGAAACCACAGGUCCACAAUGUUCCUACUUUUUUACAAACACCCUGCAUAACCCUAAGAUGAAAUGAACUUAACAGUUGUAGUGCCGAAUGUUACAUUUACAAACACCUUUAACUUAUUAUGAAUAUCUUGUUUUUAACAAGCAGAAAACCGAAAUCGAACAAAUCUGGUCUAAUGCUUUCCACCAGUGUGUUGUACUUCGGCGUGUAACUUGACACUGUAAUUCUGAGCGGGUAUUGCAGAUUUUCAUCAGUAAGGCGUAUUCCGUGCUUAGUUCCUUGUGAAGUUCAUGUCAAAAAUGUUGAUUCACAAAGAUAGCUUGAACCAAACACUGAUCUCGUAACAUAGGAUUGCUGUUUGAUUUAAAAGUCGGGCUUUUUCUGCCCGUACUGCGCUGGCAAAUAUAUAGUGACAAGAUGUGAAAUGUCUCUUCGCUUUGUCGUCGCUAUAAUCGCCCCGCAAAAGACAUACGCAAGCUGUUUUUAUGGUGGUACAAGGAAUCCACCUCCCAUUCACCGUGAAAAUGGUAGGUUUUUUUUCGUUUUUCUUUGAAAUCAAUAAUUGUAUUAUUGGCAAUGCUGCUCCACAAAUCAACGGAUACGAAAAAACACGGGUUUGUAGAAGGUGACAUCUGUGUGAUGUCAUAAUUGGGACAGUAUUAAAUGACCCGUCACAUUACUGAGGUCAAAUUAAAGUUAGGAAGAUCGCUACCAUAAUAAUUAACAUAGUGUCAUUCCCAGUUCCCAAAUAAGACAUAAGUGUGAUUUAUUAAAGAAUAACAUGACAAAAAUGAAUUGAUGUAGCUGACUUAUAAGCGCCGUUAUUAAUUUGGAACAGCCAUGCGGGCGACUCAUGUGGUCCUCGCGGGCGACUUUGUGCCCGCGGGCAACAGGUUGGUGACCCCUGAUGUAGGCCUAUCAGUUGAAUAAUAUGUCCCAUUUGAGAGUAAUAGUGCUGCGGUUUACAAUUUUGCAGAUAUUGUGCCUUUCAGUGAGGUUCUUUGUGCGUCAGCCGACUUGGCCUCAAAUCUUCUUGGCACCGUGCAGAUCAAUGAGACGUGAGCUAUAUAUUAUGAGGAAUUCCAAUUAUCUCGAGCAGGAACGCACAACAUUGUUCCUACAGUCUAUCCCAGUACGUUUUGGUAUAAAUAGUACGGCCGUGACUGCUGAGAAUUGAGGAUAUGGGUGCUUGAAAAUUUUGAAUGAAAUUCGUCAAUUACUGUGCACCUCACUCGACAUGCUUUCUGACCCAAAUACCUAAUUUUCAGACGGUAAGGUAUAAAAAGGGUAGAUUUUCGUACGGCAUAAUAACAUCUAAGAAAACAAGUAUAAGUAGUAAAUAGCGUAUCUUCAAAUUUUAAGAUAUUGCCAACAACCCAUACUAUUAAAAAAU